UAGGCAUGCUGACUGCUUCUACAAACAUUUGUGACAGAAUGGGUCACUCUCAGGAGCUCAGUGAAUUCAAGUGUGGUACUAUGAUAGGUUGCAACCUGUGCAAUAAGUUCAUCUGUGAAAUUUCCUUGCUACUAAAUAUUCCACGGUCAACUGUUAGUGGUAUUAUAACAAAGUGGAAAUAACUGGGAACAGCAGCAACCCAGCCACGAAGUGAUUAGCACAACAGUGUGUAGAGAGCUUCAUGGAAUGGCAAAUCAUGCUUCUCUGGCAAUCCGAUGGACGUGUCUGGGUAUGGCGGUUGCCAGGAGAACCAUACUUGCCUGACUGCAUUGUGCCAAGUGUAA